UUCCUUCUGUUCAGCCUUUACACAUCGUGUUCUUCUCCGUCAAUCACGCCCGCAGGAGAGCCGUCGAAUUGCUGAUGGAGGGCUGGCCGUAGGUUCGGCGAGGUCGACGGGUUCUGUGGAGGUGCAAGGUCAGGUGCAGCACGAGGGAGAAGUGAGGAGAGCGAGUGGGAUGUUGGUAAAAGGGGACCAUGCAUGUGCUUUGUUCGUCUGUUGACCGCUUUUUGCGCCCAAUGCCCAAUGCAGGUGCCAAGCUUUUCAUUUCCCGUUUCGACGUCUUCGCGUCGGCGCCUCGCCAUGCCAACCUCGACUUCAACCUCAAUCCUCAGCCUCAGCCUGAGACUCAAGCUCAAGCUCCAGCUCCCAGAGAUCAUCAUACGCUGUUCUCUUUUCGUGCCUUUGCGGUCCCUAGGCCACCUGACAACCUUUGUCCCAACAAACGCCGGACUUCCUUGACCGACAGCCCCCCUAUCCUAGGGCGCAGUGCCCAUGAUUUCCUUUUCUAACCGACCAUCGGCGUCUGGGAGUCGCAACCUCCGACAUCUGAUCCCGCCUCGUAUCGACGAGAUUAUGGCCGGCCUUACCGCCAUUCCCACCACCGUGAUCAACGGCUGGAAAAGCAUGUGGCCUCGCGCUAGGUCGGUCCAUCGCUCCUCGGAUCACCCACCCGAUCUGUCAAUAGAUUACGAUUGAUAUGAUGCUCGUGUACUCCGUACAGCGGGAACUAUGGGGUCUCCAUAUCUGGAAUAAUCCAUUUUGAGCGAUGGCCGUGGCCCUACGGAGGACGGAGAAGUCUAAAAACC